AUGGAGGUGCCUCAGGGGCUAGCAGUGGAUAAGCCAGGUUUAGUAUGCAAAUUGAACAAGUCUCUAUAUGGACUCAAGCAAGCAAGCAGGCAAUGGUAUGAGAAAUUAGCUGCAGCUUUAUGCUCCAAAGAAUACACACACUCACUGUUAGACUACUCCUUGUUUCACAAAAAGAAGAGACCCUUAGUGGUGUUUGUAGCUGUAUAUGUAGAUGAUGUUAUUGUAACAGGAACUCACCAGGAGGAGAUUGAUUCUUUGAAAAGUUUCCUGCAUGAAACUUUCAAGAUAAAAGACUUAGGGAGGUUACACUACUUCUUAGGAAUGGAAGUGCUUUACAAAGAAGAUGGAGAGUUAAUAUCUCAAAGGAAGUUCACUGUAGAUCUGUUGAAAGAGUUUGAAUGCACCCAAUAUUCCAGCCUAACAUCACCUCUUGAUCCUUCUACAAAGCUAAAGGCAAAUGAAAGUCCUUUGUUGAUUGACCCCUCCAACUACAGAAAACUAGUAGAUUGGGCAGCAUGCCCUGAAACUAGAAAGUCAGUCAGUGGCUACAUUGUGCUACUUGGAAACAGUCCCAUCAGCUGGAAAUCAAAGAAACAGUCCACCAUCUCUUUGUCUUCAGCUGAAGCAGAAUAUAGAGCAGCUAGAUAG